CGGGGGAGUUGCGAGAGAUUCCAGGCAGCAGAAGUGGGGGAGCCGCCGCAGCCGUCGCCACCGCAGCAGCAGCAGCAACAAGCCGCCGCAGCCGCCGGGACCAGCCCCAUCCUCCGCAAACAGCAGCAGCGCCACCUCCGCACUCAGCAGCCUGCGGGGGCAGAGCUCGGAGGAAGCCCCCUCCAAAAAAAAAUUUAUUUUUUGCCUCCUUAUCAUGCUCCACUGAACCCCGCAUGUGAACUGCCCAGUCCCCGCACAAGUGCCCCUCCGGCCCUAACCCCGCGUCCGCCCCGUCCAGAAUGGCUGCGGCCAAGGCAGAGAUGCAGCUGAUGUCCCCGCUGCAGAUCUCCGAUCCCUUCAGCUCAUUCCCUCACUCCCCCACCAUGGACAACUAUCCUAAGCUGGAGGAGAUGAUGCUGCUGAGUUCGGGGGGGCCCCAGUUUCUUGGCGCCGCCGGCGGACCGCCUGAAGGCAGUGGUGGUGGGGGAGGUGGUGGAGGAGGCAGCAACAGCAGCAGCAGCACGGGUGGUUUCAAUCCCCAAGGGGAAGCCAACGAGCAGCACUUCGAGCACCUGGCUGCAGACACUUUUCCUGAUAUCCCACUGAACACGGAGAAGGUGCUAUCGGAGACAAGCUAUCCUAAUCAGCCCACCCGGUUGCCCCCAAUUACCUACACUGGCCGAUUCUCCUUGGAGCCAGCCCCCAACAGUGGCAACACUCUCUGGCCAGAGCCGCUUUUCAGCCUGGUCAGUGGACUUGUGAGCAUGAGUAACCCACCGGCCACCUCGUCAGCAGCUCCAUCUCCAACAGCCUCCUCUGCCUCUUCCUCACAGAGUCCCCCACUGAGCUGUGCAGUGCAGUCCAGUGAGAGCAGCCCCAUCUACUCAGCAGCUCCCACAUUCCCCACUCCCAACCCUGAAAUCUUUCCUGAGCCCCAAAGCCAGGCCUUCCCUAACUCUGCAGGCUCAGCUCUCCAGUACCCACCACCUGCUUAUCCCACUUCCAAGGGCAGCUUCCAGGUGCCCAUAAUUCCAGACUAUCUGUUCCCACAGCAGCAGGGUGAGUUGGGCUUGGUCCCACCAGACCAGAAACCCUUUCCAAGUUUGGAGAGCCGAGCCCAGCCUUCCCUCACCCCGCUCUCCACCAUCAAGGCUUUUGCCACACAGACUGGCUCCCAAGAUCUGAAGACCCUCAACACCACUUAUCAAUCUCAGCUUGUCAAGCCAAGUCGAAUGCGCAAGUACCCUAACAGGCCCAGCAAGACCCCCCCCCACGAGCGCCCCUACGCCUGCCCGGUGGAGUCCUGUGACAGGCGCUUUUCUCGUUCCGAUGAGCUGACUCGCCAUAUCCGAAUCCACACAGGCCAGAAGCCCUUCCAGUGCCGCAUCUGCAUGCGAAAUUUCAGCCGAAGUGACCACCUCACCACUCACAUCCGUACUCACACGGGAGAGAAGCCCUUUGCCUGUGACAUCUGUGGGAGAAAGUUUGCCAGGAGUGAUGAGCGAAAGAGGCACACAAAGAUUCACCUUCGACAGAAAGAAAAGAAAGCAGACAAGGGUGUCUCGGCCUCUGUGGCCUCCUCCUCCCUCUCUUCAUACCCAUCCCCUGUCACUACCUCCUACCCAUCCCCUGCUACCACUUCCUACCCAUCUCCAGUACCCACCUCCUAUUCUUCUCCUGUGUCAUCAUCCUACCCCUCUCCAGUGCACAGUGGCUUCCCCUCACCCUCUGUGGCUACCACGUACUCCUCUGUCACCUCUGCCUUUCCACCCCAAGGCAUUACCAGCUUCCCCUCCUCAGCCGUCACCAACUCCUUCAGCGCAUCAACAGCGCUUUCGGACAUGACGGCCACAUUUUCUCCCAGGACAAUUGAAAUAUGCUAAAAAAAAAA